UGGUAAACACCUGUCACGUGACAACAACCUACCAGGAAGAAUAAAAUCAAACCGAAAGUUGUACGAAGAUUUCGGGUGAAUAUUGAACAUUUCAUGAAGAAUAGAUUGACACGAAGUAGCCAGAUCAGAGGCUACAAAAAAUUAGCAUGGCCACUGCCACCAGCCAGGCACAGGAACUCAUAACCUGUGACCUUUGUGCCAAACCUGUCCAGCAAUUCUGUAACAGCUGCCAAGUCGGUCUGUGUGAAGACUGCAUCAACAAACAUGUCAAGAGCCUCAAGUCCAUGAAGCAUGACAUUGUUCCUUUCACAAAGCGUACAGUACAGCUUGUGUUCCCUCAGUGUACAUCUCAUUCCCACCAGAGAUGUGAGGCCCACUGUCAACAGUGUGAUGUCCCGGUCUGCAUCAAAUGUAUCACUAGUUCUAAACAUAAAAGUCAUGACAUUGUGGACAUGGCAGACAUCAUAUCAAGAAAAAGAGAAAAAAUAAAAAGAGAAACAGAAGAAAUUGAGGGCAUUAUUUCCAAGAACACAGCACAAGACAAAGGCAUCGAAAACAAAAUUUUAAAAUCCAUGGCUCAUUAUACAGAUUUACAGAAAACGACCUAUGAUAAUAGAAAACAAUGGCACCUAGAGGUGGACAACAUCUUUAACAAAAUGGAAUCCCUGAUCCAGUCACUCAGAGAUCAUCAUAUUACAACUCUAAAAUCAUGCCAGUCCAAACUCAGAAGUCAGAAUUCCAGUAUGAUCCAAACUGUUCAAGAAAACAAAGAAAUCCUGAAGUCCAACAAAGUGUCUGAUGUCAACAAAUACCAAACUAAACUAAAGGAAUACAGGAACAUUCCACAAAUACCUGAUUUACCAUUGCCCUCUCUUCAAACAAACACAGUCCAAGGGAGAGAACUCAGCAUAGAAUUAGGAGAAUACAAGGCUACACUGACACAGACAUCACUAUCCAGUCUGACAGAUGAAGUCUCCUUUUUAUCUGUUAAGGAAUUAUUAGAAGAAGCCAAAGUGAUUGCAAACAUUCCAACAAAUGUUAAAAACUUACUUAAAGUGGCCUGUGUAGGAUCAGAUAAAGCUUGGAUUAGUGGUAGAGACAAAAUGAUAACCUGUGUGGACAUACAUGGAGCUGUACAAGACACUGUCACCAGUACAUGUAAUCCAUUCCCUGAUGACAUUACAGUGACCAGACAGGGAGAACUGAUAUACAGUGAUGCUUACAAUAGAACUGUGAACAUUGUCAGAGAUGGGAAGACAGAGACACUGAUCACCACACCAAGAGGCUGGCUUCCAUUACAACUGUGCUGUACCAGGUCAGGGGACAUCCUAGUUAGUAUGUGUACUACUGAUAAUAGUCAUUAUAAAAUAGUCCGUUAUCAGGGACAGAGAGUGACACAGGAAAUAGAUAAAGAUGAACAUGGGGAUCCAAUCUAUCAAGGAGGAGAAUAUGGAGUGUUUGUGGUGGAGAACAACAAUGGAGACAUAGUGGCCUCUGAUGGUAAUGCUAGCACAGUGGUAGUGGUGGACAGGACAGGAAAAGUCAGAUUCAGAUACAACAACAAACCUCCAGGGGGAAAGGAAUCAUUCUGUCCUGGUCAAAUAGUGACAGACUCCAUGGGUCACAUCAUUGUGGUUGAUUAUCAAAAUGACUGUCUACACAUCCUAGAUCAGAAUGGACAGUUCCUGAGAUGUGUGGAUAAUUGUGGACUAGAGUAUCCUAAUGGACUGAGUGUGGACAGUGAGGGGAGGUUGUGGGUAGGGUUGUAUAAUUUAGGGGAAGUGAAAGUUAUCCAGUACAUGAAAUAAAUUUCAGACAUUUCAGAUUCACCCUUUAUAUCAUGUUUAUAUCAUAAGUUUAUUAAGAGAUUUGUAUUGAACAUUACAAAUUGAAAUACACUAUGUAGUUUAUUUCUUGUUCUGGUUCAUGCUAGAUUCAGAUAGAAUCUUUAUACUCAGAAGUAAUCAACUGUUCAGAUUGAUAAAAUAUUUUUUGAAACUAUAUUAAACACCAAAGUAAGAAGAAUCAAUUUAUUUAAAUGUUAAGUAAUAUGUUAAUACAUCUGAAAUCUGAAUAAAGUAAAUAUUUGUGUGAAAAGUAAUUUUGACAGUAUUUAUUAUGUUUUAUAUCAUUUAUUGUGUUUCUGCAUUAUAUAUUGAUUAAAACAUUAUUUGAAAAGAA